AUGAAGGAUUCGAACAUCUGCACAUCCGCAGCCGAACGGGUUAUCCUCCAAGCGACUUUAUUAUCUCAUGGGUACACUGUGUUUAUCAAAGCUACAACAACCGGGAAAGAACAUCAUAUUCGGGCCGAAGUCGAUACCUAUUCCCGCCUUCGCAGUUUACAGGGGUAUCAAAUCCCCGUCUAUGUGAGAAACUGCGAACCUCGCGUAACAUGUUGGUAUCGUGGCCUGGUAAUGGCCCACGUGAUGAUUCUGAGCUGGUCUGGGGUUCGCAUUCAACAGAUCAUCAACGAGGAAAAUUCAAGCUUCUUCUACGGCAAGCGUGAGAAGGUUUUGGAAACUCUUCGAUUACAUGGAGUUGUUCCUGGCGAUAAGCACUGGCGUAACAUGCUAUGGAAUGAGUAG